CCUAAACUGCUUCCAAGUUGGCAAUCCCGUUAUCAUUCAUUUCCUCUUUAAAACUCCGUUCCCCUCCCACUCCACACUUCACACUUCACUAGUCACUACCUAACACACAAUUAAACACUAUGGAUAUCUGGUCGUGGAUAUGCGAGCUCCCCAACUCGGUGGAGUGGACCGAGUCCGACUCAACACCCAUGUUGGAACUGGCGAGCGAGGAGAAAGACAACUCAACUCGUUCCAUUCACCUGAAAGCGGAACGAAGCUCCGGGUCAGACUCAGAAGCAGUGGUGACCUUCACGGUGUGCUUGCAGGGCUUUCACCCACACAACGCACACAAGCCUCUAUGGGUCUCCGAAAAGUGCCACCUUUCAUCGGAAAACCCCUUCCUCCCACUCCUCCUGCAACUGCUCCAAGAAAUCAUAUCCAACUCACCCACGGCGCACGAUAGCACCUGCCCCAGGUCCCAGCUCCAGAAACUGAAAGCCGACCCCAUCGCAUGGAUCAUGGACUCACACACACCGGAAUCCCUCUCCGCGUUCUUCAACUUCGUCUUCACCAUGCGCCUCUUCUGGCUCUGCGCCUGCGACGCCCCCACCGACGCCGGCUCCCUCUACUUCCACUCCCUCCUCGCUCCCACCCUCCAAACGCCGUCGCCUAAACUCGCCUCUGUCCUCCGAACUUUCUUCAUCACCGUCGGCGCCGACACCGAACUCUGCUUCAUGCGCACCCUCGGUUACAUCAUAACAAAACUCCACAUCAUAGCACAAUUGCCCGUAGUAGGGUUAAAAGCCCUAUUACCAAACCCUUCUCCUCCGAAGUUCUCCUACGCCACCGAGGCUCACGGUCUUUGGAUUCUCAAAGGCUACGCGCCGGUGAUGACAAUGAAACUCGCGCGAACCAACGCCGAGAAGACUCAAUUCACCGGCAUCGAUGCCAAGGAGUCAUUACUCCGUUACGCUCUCGCGCACCACCAGCUUGAAGCACACGUGCAGCUAGAGUACACCGUUGGAUUCUGCGAGGGCUUCAUUCAGGUUCGUGCACGUGUCGAUAAUGUAAGACUCCACGUGGCGAGGCUGGGGUUUAGCCAGAACGAUGACGUGGAUUUUGUUGAGGAGAAACACUUUCCGUCGCGUGUUCGGGUUUGGGUGGGCCCGGAGAUCGGAGCGACUUACGUUGGUGGGCUGAGCUUGGGCCGGUCCACGGAGAACAAAGAGAGCGAAGUGGAAGUGAAGAGGAUUGUGGAGGGUAAUUUCGAGAAGUCGCAGGUGAAGACUUCGGCGAGGUCUUCGAGGAGGACGCGGAGUAAGAGUUGGAGAAUGGACCAAGACGCGGAGGGGAACGCCGCGAUAUUCGACGCCGUUCUUUAUGAUAACAGUACGGGCCAUGAAGUUGGCUCGUGGAGGCCCACGGCGGAUGAGGCGGUCCAUGGGCUUAGAGGGCGGUAUGUGAAGGCGAAUAGAGCGUUUACUAAGAAGGGGUCGGUGGUUAUAGCGGGGGAUGAAUAUGGAGAGAAGGUAGGGUGGAGGCUUAGCAAAGAGAUGGAAGGGAGUGUGUUGAAGUGGAGAAUAGGAGGAGAAUUUUGGGUUAGCUAUUUGCCCAACCAUGCAAAGGGUUCUUAUUUUGAAACUAGGUGUGUCGAGUGGUGCGAUGAGGUUGACUUGCCUCUUAUUCAACAAAAUAUACCCUAAGCAUUCAAUAUCAAACUUCAAACCCUUCUUUAGAACAAAACAUAGCAUGGAACUAGUGAUUAAGAUUAGUAUAUGGUAUGCUGUUUUCUUUUGGUUCAUAUACCGGUACUGUGGUUUAAGUGCUAUAUAUUAUAUAUAUGUACAAUAGCCAUGAGUGCAUUACUUAUCUAUCAUGUCUAGUUUCUUAUAAA